AUGGUACGCACCCAACUUUUAGCAUCUGCAAAAGACUAUACCCCCUCUUCCGGGGAAGGAAGAAAAGAUUUCCCAGGUAUAUUCCCACCUGCCCACGAACCACCUACUGAGUUGGGUACAUAUCGCCUCCUAUCUCCAAAUGCAGGAGUUCGAGUAUCGCCUCUGUGUCUUGGUGCGAUGUCACUAGGAGAUCAAUGGCAAGGGUUCAUGGGUAGUUCAUUGAACUACGAAGAGUCCGCCAAGUUUUUGGAUUAUUAUUAUGAGGCGGGAGGAAAUUUCGUUGAUACUGCUAAUUUCUAUCAAGAUGAGCAAUCCGAGAUGAUUGUUGGUGAAUGGAUGGAAUCCAGAGGUAUAAGAGAUGAGAUGGUUAUUGCUACCAAAUAUACAACCUACAACCUCGAUCGUAAGGAAGGUAGAUUCAAGGGUAUCGGAGCGAACUACGUCGGUAAUGCUAAAAAAUCCCUCCAUCUAAACGUUGAAGAUUCAUUGAAGAAGCUUCGUACCACCUACAUCGAUAUCUUAUACGUACAUUGGUGGGAUUACACCACCUCAAUCCCAGAGGUGAUGCAAUCCCUCAAUGAUCUAGUGAGAGAAAGGAAAGUUUUGUACCUUGGUAUCUCCGAUUGUCCAGCAUGGAUCGUCUCCGAAGCGAACUGUUACGCUCGUCAACAUGGUCUCGCUCAAUUCGUAGUCUAUCAAGGAUCUUGGAACCUCUGUAAAAGAGAUAUGGAAAGGGAUAUUAUUCCAAUGUGUCGUGCCAACGGAAUGAGUAUCGCACCCUAUGCUGUACUUGGUCAAGGACGAUUCAAGACUCCCGAAGAGAAUGAGAAACGUCGCAAAGAAGGUAAAUUCAGAGCCGGUAUGGAGCCGUCAGAAAAUGAGAUUAGAAUUUCCAAGGCAUUACAAGAGGUUGCUGAGGAGAUUGGGGGCGAUACCAGAUUGACUAGUGUUGCUCUGGCAUGGGCAAGACAAACUAUGGCUUAUUGUUAUCCGAUUGUGGGGGGUACGAGUAUCGAUUAUCUGAAAUCCAACAUUGAUGCUCUCAAAAUUCAGCUCAGUCCCGAACAGAUGAACAAGCUCAAUAAUGCCGCUCCGUUCGAUUGGGGAUUCCCAUACACCGGCUUCGGCAGGGAUCCGCACUACUUACCUGGUGGUGUUCCCAAUAAUGCAUUACUCAACACUGCCGCUCACCUCAAGUUUGUUGAGUAUCCAUAA